CGGUCCUCCAGCCCCGCCCCCCCCGCCCGGCUCGCACCGCAUAGUCCCGCGCGCCCGGGCCGCGGCAGGAUGGCGCAGGACGGGCGGACGCAGUACGAGCCGGUGGCCGAGAUCGGGGUGGGCGCCUACGGCACCGUGUACAAGGCGCGGGACCGGCAGAGCGGGAAGUUCGUGGCGCUGAAGAACGUGCGGGUGCAGACGACCGAUAACGGGCUCCCCCUCAGCACCGUCCGCGAGGUCGCCCUCCUCAAGCGCCUCGAGCACUUUGACCACCCCAACAUCGUCCGGCUGAUGGACGUGUGCGCCAGCGCGAGGACAGAGCGCGAGACCAAGGUGACGCUGGUCUUCGAGCACGUGGACCAGGACCUGAAGACCUACCUGGACAAGGCGCCUGCGCCCGGGCUGCCCCUCGACACCAUCAAGGACCUGAUGCGUCAGUUCCUCCGUGGCCUUGAGUUCCUCCACUCGAACUGCAUCGUGCACCGGGACCUGAAGCCCGAGAACAUCCUGGUGACCAGCAGCGGGCAGGUCAAGCUGGCCGACUUCGGCCUGGCCCGUAUCUACAGCUGCCAGAUGGCCCUGACCCCCGUGGUGGUGACCCUGUGGUACCGGGCGCCCGAGGUGCUGCUGCAGUCGACCUACGCGACGCCCGUGGACAUGUGGAGCGUGGGCUGCAUCUUCGCCGAGAUGUUCCGGAGGAAGCCACUUUUCUGUGGUAACUCAGAAGCUGACCAGCUGGGCAAGAUUUUUGACAUGAUCGGGCUCCCUGUGGAGGACGACUGGCCGCUGGACGUGGCCCUGCCCCGCUGCGCCUUCCCCGCCCGGCCCCCCCAGCCCAUCGAGGGCUUCGUCCCCGAGAUGGAGCCACUGGGGACCCAGUUGCUGCUGGACAUGCUGACCUUCAACCCCUACAAGCGGAUCUCAGCCUACAACGCCCUGCGGCAUCUCUACCUCCAGGACCGGGGGGCAGGCGAGGGGUAGCAGCUGCUGCGGGGGGGGCGGGGGGAGCACCUGGAUUUAGGGGGGGGCCACCCUGCUGCAACACCCCCCACAGCCCCCCCCCGCGGUUACAGACACAGAGUGGAGCCGUUUCCAGCUCGGGGGAUGUGCAGGGGGCUUGCAUGGGGGCCUGGGACCCCCCCCCACGAGGAGAGCUGGAGCACACACACACACACGCGCCUCCCCCCCCCCAAUCCUCGUGCAAGGUGGGUGCUGGGAGGUGCCCCCCCCACCCCCCUCCUCAUGAGAGCUGGAAGGACUUGGCCCCCCCCAACCCUCGUGCAAGAAGGACAUGGCCCCCGCCUCCUUGUGCAAAAAGGACAUGGCCCCCCCCCCCCCCAAUCCUCGUGCAAGAAGGACAUGGCCCCCCCCGUCCUCGUGCGAGCCACGUGCAAGGGAAGGCGGCGCAUCUCUGCACUGGUGCUCUGCUCGCGUGAUGGAGCUGGGGGGGCCGGGGGGGCCCUUGUGCAUUGGGGGGGGAACACACAGGGACAGGCACCCCCCUUCUCUGCUAAUAAAGGGGCACGGGCAGCACCCCAGCUCCCCA